AUGGAGAAGAAAUGGAUGUACUGUGCUGUCUACUCCAUCAUCCAGAUACAUUUUGUCAGGGGGAUAUGGAAAGAAGCACCCAAUGCAGAAGAUGUUUAUGUAUCACCUGGCUCUAAUGUCAGCCUGAUCUGCCAAGCCCAGAAGGAAGGCUUAGUGCAGGUGCAAUGGAGCAAGAUCACCAAUAAAGAAGACAUGAUUGCCGUUUAUCAUCCCACUUAUGGCUACUACUGUGCCAACCAGAGUGCCAACCAGGGUUCCUGUAAGUCACUGGUGGCUUUGAAAGUAAUGCCCGAAGUGUCAGAAUGGACUCUGCACUUAAGGAACAUGUCCUCCUCACUCAGUGGGAAGUAUGAGUGCAGCAUUACUCUGUAUCCGGUGGGCAUUCAAAAGAAAAUCUUCAACGUGCACAUUCAGAAAACUGGUAAGUCUGAUACAUGGAGGGCAGAGGACAAACAAAGUAACCAUACAAUAGAAAUAGAGGUAAAUCGGACUCUGGAAAUACCAUGCUUUCAAAAUAUCACCUCAGAAAUUCCAUCUGCGUUCACCUUUACAUGGUCGGUGGAGAACAAUGGAAUUCAGGAAAUCUUAAUCAAGAAAAACUCAGGAAAAAUCCGGUAUCCUGCCAUCAACAAGUUCACAUCACUUAACGGCAGAGUCACAUUGAGUACAAAUUACAAUCUCCAGCUCUCUCCAGUCCAAGUCCAUGAUGAUGGCCUGACAUUUUCUUGCUGCGUUAGAGACAGACCUAGAAAAAUCUUGAGUUUCACUAAGGUCAAAGUUUUUGCUAAGCCAGAAAUGCCCAUGAUUGCAGAAGACAAAUCCAUGGAUGUCUUGGGAAAGAGGACAUUUACCUGCUUACUGAAUAAUGUAUUUCCCACAGCAAAUCUUACAUGGUUUAUAAAUGGACACUCUCCUCAAGGUGAAAAAGAAAUAAGCAUCACCAAUGAAAAAAGAAAAGACAUAGGUGGAUUUUUGGAACUGAAGUCUGUUUUGACAAGAGUGUAUGAUGAUCAAGCAGUCCAACCAAGCAACCUGACCAUCUGGUGUAUGGCUGUGGCUCCAGUCCCUGGAAAUAAAGUGUCAAGUAUCUCAUCUGAAAAGAUAAUGUUUUCCUUGGGAUCCGUGACCCCUCCAACAGAUCUACCACCCCACAUUACAGAAUCAGCAUUUGGCACUCAAUCAUCUCCUCCCGAAAGCACAUCUCCUGCAAGAUAUCCAGGCACACCUUCAAUAAGCUUUGCAGACAUGAGUUCAUCAACUCCAGAAACUACUCCUCAAACCAGCAAUUCCAGUGUGACUACCCAAGGUUUCAACUACUCAUGGACCCCCAGUGGGACAGAUGCCAGCAACUUUUCAUGGAUGCCCAGUGAAACAUACAGUUCACCUCCCUCAAGUGCAGCCUUGACACUUCAUGAUGAUGUCCUCACAACUAGAGAAUUCUCUAGCACAACUAGAGAAUUUUCAGAAGUUCCCACCAUUGCCAAUGUAUCUACUGAAAACAAGAACUAUACCUCUGGGAAUUCGAAUCCCAAAGAUGGGAGGCCCUGGCCAGUGAGUGUAGCCGCAUUACUCUUAUUCUUCAUAAUAGUAUUUGGUCUUGCAGUGAGGAAAUGGUAUCAAUAUCAAAAAGAAAUCAUGGAGAGACCCCCGCCUUUCAAGCCACCACCACCUCCCAUCAAGUACACCUGCAUUCAAGAGUCCACUGGAAGUGAUCUACCUUGUCACGAGAUGGAAACACUCUAG